CAGCGAAUGAAGCAUUGAAAGAACCCCAAGCACCCAGAGGACCGUUGACCUCUGCGCUUCUGCAAUCCAAACUCGCAAACACCGCUCAGCUAGCAAGAGGGAAAUAGCUAAUCGCAGGAGAGAUGUCCGCGAAUCCUUCGACCGACGACAGCCCAUCCGCGGCGGGAUCUCCGCCCCAGGUCCCGGAGACCCGAGAAUCGCAGCAGCACGAGGAGAAGACCCCGACCGCGGAGGACACAACAACACCCGGCCCUGAAACCAAGGAAACAGAAGAAACAGAACCGAACAGCGAAAAAGAAUCAGGAGAGGAGCCAGAGGAGGCAGCCGCAGCAGCAGCAACAGAAUCAGAAGCCGCACCCCCGUUACCAGACGAGGUUCCCCCGCCGCUCCCCAACGAAGUACCCCCAGGGGAUAAUGAUAAUAAAGACGACGGAUGGGAACCCGUCUGGGACCCCACCGCCCAAGCCUAUUACUUCUACAAUCGCUUCACGGGUGUCUCGCAAUGGGAGAACCCGCGGGUACCGGACGUGACGGCUAAGGCGGAUGACAACGCCGUCGCGGAGGACGCAGACGCCGCCGCCGCUCCGUCUUCCUCUGCUGCUGCGACCACUGCUGUGGUAGGUGGCUAUAAUCCCGCCAUUCAUGGUGAUUACGAUCCUACGGCGCCUUAUGCGCAGCAGUACGAGCAGCCCAAUCAGGUUGCUGCGGGGGGAGGGGCGCUGGACCCAGAACAGGCAUAUGAGGCGGUGGGUGCGUUCAACCGGUUUACGGGGCGGUGGCAGGCGGCGUCGCAGAAUACAGAGUACCACAAUGAUGAGAAUAAGUCGCACCGACAGAUGUAUGCAUUCUUUGAUGUGGAUGCGGCGGCGAAUAGUCAUGAUGGGCGGAGUCUGCGGGCGGAACGGAGUGCGAAGAAGUUAACCAAGAAGGAGCUGAAGAUGUUCAAGGAGAAGAGGAGGGAGAAGAAGGAGGAAAAGAGACGGGCGUGGUUGAGGGAUUGAAGCUGCUGCUGGGUGCUGCUCGAUUGAGCGAGCGCACUUCUUACUUUGCUUUUCUACUUGAGAUACCUAUUUCUGUUUGUUGUAUGCUUACCGAGGAUGCAUGGCGUUGAUGUAGUUAUGGGUGCAUGAUAGAGCGGAAUGUACAGUAUAUUUGCAUUUACAACAGC